UGUGCUACGACUGAGAGUGCCGUCCCUGAGCAGCUCCAGUCCGAUUCCGAAACCGAGACUGAGUGUCCAGUUUUAGUCUGUAGAGUGCCGAUAUAAAACAAUAUUUAAAAAAAAAACCGAAAAUGCAAAUGAAAAUGCUAUCAAACGCGCUUAGACCAGCGGUGGCGUUGCGCCGGAUCAGCAGCGGCUCGUCCGCGGCGUCGAAAUUCGAUCUCGGCGGAGUUUUUGUGCCCAUACCCACACCGUACAAGGCGAACGGAGACGUCGACUACGGAGCGCUGGCGUUCAAUUUCGAACGAUGGGAAAAAAUACCGUUUAGAGGUUACUGUGUGGGUGGAUCUAAUGGUGAAGGACCAUAUUUAAAAGCCGAAGAAAAAAUAGAAAUGGUGUCCAAAAUUCGAUCUAUGAUUGGAAAAGACAAAUUACUGAUUGCUGGUACAACGUGUGAAUCAACUAAAAUGACGUGCGACCUUAGUAAAGCCGCAGCUGAAGUCGGGGCAGAUGGCGUUUUGGUGAUGAGUCCUUUCUACUUCAAAACUAGAAUGACGGAGCAAUCUUUGUAUGAGCAUUUCGUAUCGGUAGCCGACUCGUGUCCUGCGCCGGUCAUAGUGUAUAACAUGGUGCCCGUGACCGGUAUCGACCUCAGCGUCGAAAUACUGAAGAAAAUGUCCUUACACCCAAACAUCGUCGGCGUUAAGGAUAAAGACAUGGGAAAACUCGCAGCGCUGGUCACCGAAACGCGAGACCAGAGAUUCCAAAUCGUUGCCGGGUCGGCGAGUUACUUACUGGCCGCCAUGCUCGUCGGUUGCUCGGGCGGAAUAAACGGCCUGGCCGCUGUACUCGGCGAACCGUUGUGUAAGAUGCACGAACUGGCGGUGGCGGGUCGAUGGCAGGAGGCAUUGGAACUGCAGAGGAAACUCGUCAAUAUCGAUUUGCUUCUCAUGCAAGAAUGUGGACCGGCCGGUCUAAAAGCUGCGAUGGAACUUUUGGGCUACAGAGGAGGUCUGUGUCGAUCUCCGUUGCCGCCAAUCACUGCCGAGAAAGUUGCGAAAAUCAAACUGACGCUGGAAAAAGAUGGAUUUUUGUAAAGAAUCGAAAACGAAACAAAAAAACACCAAACAUUUUUUACAUAAUCAUAUAUAUCAUAUAUCUUUUUAUUACAAACAAAAGUCAAUACAUUAUUUUAUACAAGUAUACAUACAAUUAAUAAGAUAAUUAUAUCGACACGUUAACUUACAAUGCAACGUAAAUAUACAUUUUUCUAAAUAAAUUAAAUACAAAACUAAUAUUUUAGGAAAAAACACAUAUUAUUAUUAUAUUAUAUUAUAUUCAUAAGAAGCAUA